UGCUGGACCCAAAGGAGACAACAUUUAUGAAUGGAGGUCAACUAUACUGGGGCCUCCAGGGUCUGUAUAUGAAGGUGGAGUUUUCUUCCUUGACAUUACCUUUUCACCGGACUAUCCUUUUAAACCACCUAAGGUAACAUUUCGGACAAGAAUCUACCACUGUAACAUCAACAGCCAAGGCGUCAUCUGCCUGGACAUUUUAAAAGACAACUGGAGUCCAGCAUUAACUAUUUCUAAAGUUCUCCUCUCCAUCUGCUCCCUCCUCACAGACUGCAACCCGGCUGACCCCCUGGUUGGAAGCAUUGCCACUCAAUAUAUGACUAACAGAGCAGAGCACGACAGAAUGGCCAGACAGUGGACCAAGCGAUACGCCACAUAGGAACCUACUCUAGGAUUUGCUGGACCUGUGCAAGCACAUUCACUAAGUGCAUCAAUAGCCCUUCCCUUCAUUCUUAUUUUUUAUUAAAUUUUGAACCAUUUUGUGACAAAAGGUUGUCCUUACUUUCUUUUUUUGUUUGUUUUAUUUUUAUUUUUAUUCGUUCUGGGGUUUUUUGUUCUGUUAACUUGAAAGUUGUUUCCCUCAAAUGUAGACAGGAAAUUUUGGUUAUCAGUGCAAAGAAUGUUGGAUCUGUAAUAGUAUAGAGCUUUAUCACAAAGCUUUGUAUUAAUGUGUGGGGUUGGUUUUUUUUCCUUUCAUGUGGUUUUGGGGAAAACAAACAAAUUCAGAAUUAUAUCUUGUUUCUACUUAAAUGUAGUGUUUAGGGUUAUUUUUUUGUACUGAAGUCUUUAAUGGUGGGUGCAUGCUACUGGGAACAAGUUUUGUAUAAAAGCUUAAAAUCAAGAAUCACUGUGCAUUACUAAGACUGUGUUUAUCACUAGCCUUCUGUUUCCCACACAAAAGGCUACUGCGUUGAACAAAUUAAUAUGUAUUUUGAUUUUACUUAAAAAAACAAAAACAAAAAAAAAAGUGCUUGUAAAUUUCUUAGGGACCUGCCACUUUUGACUGUGGAUCAGUUGAUGUACACUUGUAUUAUUAAAGCACUCAAUAAAACACUGUGGCUGAUAAAUGCA